AUGAAAGUUAGUGACCUAUAUGAGGUGGGUCUCACCUCAGACUAUCCAACUACGGCCCAUCUGGAGCUUCUAGAGUCUGUGGAGAAUAUGGGUUAUUCCCUUAAACAUCCAAAAGACCCAACCCAUAUGGAAGACACUUGUUCCUCGGGAAAAGGGUCUUCGUCUUCUGAGCUAAAUGAUGUUGCAAUUAGGGAUUUAAAGCUAGCUAGCACAGGCAAAAGGAAGUGGUCUUGCAAGGCUAAACCCCAUACCCUAGCUACAAAUUGGGUAAUCCAAGAGAUUAAGGUGGGUGGUAAGCGACGGGGCGAAAGGUCAAGGUGCUCAACAAAUUUUGAAAAUGACAAUGUUUCUUGCAAGAAGGUUCAGGUAUCACAAUCUACACUUCUCAACUCAUCAUCAUCGAUGAUGAUUUUUGAUUAG